GUUUUAUUUAAAUCUUUAUUUUGAUAUUUAAUUUAUGAUGAUUUACUAAUAUAUUAAAUGUUAUUUUAUUAGUAUAAGUUUUUUAAAUGUCACAAGGAGAUAAUGAUGCUGUCAUCGCUCAUAUUCUUGUGGUUGGAUUUCAUCAUCAAAAAGGAACACAGAUCGAAUUUUGUUACCCAAUGAUAAAUGACCCACUGUUGGAUAACAAAGAUGGUUCUGAAAUAAAUCUCCCUAAAGCAUGGCAAGCACUACCUUAUCUUGCAAUGCCAGAUGGAGCACAUAAUUUUGAAGAUGACUGUUCUUUUUUCAAUCUACCAGCAUUAACAAAAGGCUCAAAACUAUCAACAGAAACAGUUUUUGGAGUCUCUUGUUUCAGACAAAUUGAUAGCAAGAAACUGAAAAAUAAAGAUGAAAAUAUAACAAGAACAUCCGUCCAAAAAAGUGUCUGUAUUCUUAUGAAAAUGCCAUUGUACACCUUUAUUUUAUCGAAACUGGAGCUAGUAACACAUGCAUACUUUAAUGAACUUGACUUUUCUCAAACACAAAUAUUAAAAGAUUGCUUUGAUAACUUAUGUAAACAAAUACCAUCUGUAAAACUUGAUGACUCCAUUUACAUGAUGGGGCUCACUUUGCAAGAUGUUGUGAUGAACUUUAGACAAAAGCUUUUGGUCUUGCUAAAGCUUCUUUUACUUGAGAAAAAGAUUGUUUUUUGGGGGACACCUGUGAAAAGUGUAUGCAAAUUUGUUUUGUCAAUUGUUACUUUGUUUCCAGGUUUACUUCAAAAAGGAUUAACUCAUGCCUGUUGUGCUGAAAAUAUAUAUAUUAAAAAAGGAACGCAAACACCUCAUGAUAUAUAUGGGUUACCAUUAGGUUUGUUCGAAGAGGGUGUUUUAUUUCAUCCAUACAUAUCACUGCAUAAUAUGACACUACUCAGAAAACCAAAAGUACAUAGCUUUGUCAUUGGUUGUAGUAAUGUGUUAUUUAAGCAACAGAUGCACUGUCCUUGGGAUGUUUUGGUUGAUCUUGAGACAUUUACCCUACAUAUUGGUGAUGAAAACCUAGAGAAUUCACUUAAUCUAUCUACGGAAGACUUGAGGUUUUGUGAAUAUUUAAUAAACGUUGUAGAGAGUUCAAUACAGACAAUGGGUUGGGAAGGUAGUGACGAUUGGAUCAGGUUACAGUUCAAGGCAUAUUUACUGUGUCUAAUGUCAACUGUUGAGAGUAGUAUAGGUGAUGGAGGAGUGAGUGAACUGCACAGUUUCAAUGGAGCUUUCUGUGAGGCAUGGUUGUGUACUAACAAUUUUAAAAAGUGGCAUAAUUCUGAACAUCCUGGAAUGGAACAUUUCCAUAAAGGUCAUCCUUUUCAAGGAGAUAUUACUGUGUCUGAUUUACAAAGAAGAUUCAACCAUUUUGCAGAAACUUUUGCAAGUGAAGAAACUCGUAAGAAAAUUGCUCAAGCUAUACUCAAAACUCAAAAUGCUGUAGGUGGAGCACUUAUAUCAGCAAAAAAUGCGUUUUCUACGGCUAAAGAUUGGAUGAACAGUAUGAUGCACGAAAUUGAGACAGAAGUACGCAAGCAUAGCGAAAGCCGUACCGUAAGCACGACUCAGAUUGAUUGGACCACGUCUAAAAUGGUUAUCACCGACCGUGACAGAAGGGGAGAAAGCGUCACAACAAUAGGUGAUCUUAUUGAGAGGAAGGAUAGUUCUCAUGAGUGUGAUACCGAUAACGAGAGCAAGAUUUAGUGACUUACUAUAUGUAUAAACAAUGGCAUUGAAGCCAUAUUUGUUUGUUUUAAUUCAGCAUUUAUUUAAAGCAAGAAAUUAUGAUCAAACGUAA